AUGACAGAAGCAAACAACCUGAGAGACACCCGGAGAAGAAGAAGAAUCCUCCAACAAGGAUCCGACCGUCUUGCCUUCAUCCAGGGUCGGAUCCAAACCCUCCCUCCUCCCGAUCUGCCUCACGCCAACGACGAGGAGCAGGAGUAUCCGAAUUCCGUUUUGCAGAAUCACGUUGAUGCCGAAAUUUUGCCUGAAAAACAACACAGUGAAAGUGAGAUUUUAAGUUUCCCCAAUUCUGAAAUUGAACCUGAACAUGUACAAGAAUCACAACCUCUAUUUCAACCUCAACCACCAACAACACAUCAAGAUUCAUCUGAUGAAAUUUCCCAGCUCGAAGAACCUAGAAGUUUCGAUUUCAUAAGCCCUAGGGAUGUGACGAAUGCCGUUGAUGCCUCAAGAGGCUCUGAUGAAAGGUUGAGGAGGAGACGGAACAACGCCAGUGCCAGCGCCAGUGCUGAUUCUUCUGAUCAAUAUGCACAGCUUGCAAAAACAUUGGAAAUUGGAAUGGUGCUGAAGACUGUGGCUGAUGCUGUCUUCAUGGAUUGUGCUGUCUAUGCUAUUGUGCUCAUAUGCAGCCUUUCCCUUGUGCAUCACUAA